UUGGUUUGCCCUCGAACCCACGCACCGCCGGCUCCAGCGCCGACGCUCCAUCUCCCCCCACUGGCGCUCAGGCUCGGUCCCUCAGCGCAGAUCUUCUGCUCCUUCCCCCACUCGCGCUCAGGCUCGGUCCCAGGGAUCGGAUCUUCCGCGCGUCGGCGGCUCCCCCUCGGCGGCGUCCAGCGACGGAGGGGCAGUCCCAGGCUCAGCGGCGGCGUCGGUGGCUCCCCCUCCCGCCUCUCGCCAGUCGCCUCGCACCCUCGCCUCCGUCCUCCGCGCACCAGCCGGCGACCCUGCUAUGAAUGAUGUAGCCUUUGAUAAGCAGGACUUACGUGCAUCUUCGUGGCAGGAGUCUUGACAAGUUCUCCCAAUGGAUCGAGUACCGAAUGGAAGGCCUAAGGUUUCCAACAGACCUGUAGUUGUGCUUUCAGAUUCUGAUUCUGACUCUGAAGGUUUUGUAGAAGCGCUGACUCCUGUUCACUCGAAGUCAAACGGGAAGGCUUCGUCGGCGAGCCUAAAAACUGGUGGGAAGGCUUCAGCCUUUUCUAAAGGAGAGGCAAGCAAUGGAAAAGCAUACAGUAGUGGCAAAGGUGGAAAGGGUUCUUCGUCACAUGCGGUGCCUACCAAGUCUGAUGCGGAACUAAAGCUAGAGCUUGAUAUCCCUCCAAAUUCUAGAAUUCUUAUGAAUUGUGAAGCAGCUGAACUAUUGCAAGAAAUUCACGAGCACAUGGCUAUACUAUCAGAGGACCCCAAGAUCAAAAUUCCUGAGUCAUUUGACAAAGCCUUUCAGUAUGCAAAAGAUGGAAAUCAUUUCACCACUGCAAGCUCUGUGAAACAAGCCCUUGAACCUCUUAAAAAAUGUGGGGUUAGUGAUGGCGAGGUUUGUUACUCAUUUUUUUCUCUCUUUCCUUUCUGUGUAGAACUAACCUCAUCUCACUCUACGAUUGUGGUGUGUGUACAACAGAUAUGCAUGAUAGCAAACGUUGGGCCUGAGACUGUUGAAGAGGUUUAUGCACUAGUGCCAUCUCUCAAGGCUAAUAGGUCAGCUACCGAAGGUUCAGUCACUGAGGUUCUUGCUGUCCUUGCAAACAUAAAAGCUGCUAAGUGAAUCUCCAAUGGAACUAGACCGAUAAUAAAUCGGAAGCAGCCGUCUUGUGUGAUCAAGGAGCGCGGAAUCUGCAAAGUGGUCCUUUGGUCUUUUGGAUGUACUGCAUAAACAUGUUGUGUAUAUAAAAAAAACGUAGUAUGUGCUGCAUGAACUCAUCUAGGAUGUCUAGCUGCUGAAGUGCAGAUUCAGCUGAGUGGUUGAACUAGUCUACUCGAACUGAUAAGUACUGUCUGCAGUCUGCACUUGUGGCUACUGCUUGAACAAUGAAGCUGAUGACUCGUUGCCAUCUGUUGAAUUGUGCCUCGCAACUUAUCUGUUGUACUUGCGGGUUUG